GGCCAAUGAAUCGCAAGGCCGCCGUGUGCCGCUUUAUAAUCAGAUGUAGGCGCGCGUCUGCACUAAAAUCAGUUUAGUGUUUGAAAUGGGAAUUAUCAGCAUUUUGCUUUUCGCUGCGUGUUUAAGCAGCGUUAAGGGGAACUACCAAUAUGUCCUGGCACCAAACGUGAUCCGACUUGAAAACGAGGAGACCCUGCUUGUUGGCAUUCUUGGCAAUGGUGCGAAUCAGAAAGUAACGGUAUACUUUGAAUAUCUGGACAGGAAGAUCUCCGAAAAAACAACAACGAUAAAAGAUGCAGCACAUCCUGUCGAGGUCAUGGUCAAGGUCACCGCAGAUGACCUCUUCAAAGACAUCGACGCCAGUCCAAAAUUCAGAGAAAGACCUAAAUUUAUCAAAUUGGUAUGCAAUGGACCAAAUGGGAUUCAGACCCGGGAUAUUGCUCUUAGUUUCACAUCCGGUUAUCUGAUCGUACAGACGGACAAACCUCUGUACAAUCCUGCUCAGCCAGUAUAUGUUCGAGUUCUCGCAAUGGACGAAUCUAUGAGGCCAAUCAAGGACAAGCAAUUGGCAAUAGAAUUGAUAAGCCCCACAAAUAUGACUGUAGGCAGGGUGAACUUUGAACCUGGUAAAAGUCAAAAUGGCUUCUACAAAGGAGAGUUUGAGCUUCCACCGUUUCCGGAUUUUGGGACAUGGACGAUCAAAGCUAAACUUGGAGGAAAGUCGGAGACGUAUGCCAUUGCUCCUAUUGAAGUACGCGAAUUUGUUCUUCCUACCUUUGGGGUAGAUAUUACAACGGAUACGGAAAACAAGUGCAUACUGCCAAAUCAGGAAAAUAUUGGAGUUACAGUUUCAGCCACAUACGUUUACGGCAAGACAGUGGAAGGGAUUGCAGGACUCGAUAUCAACAUCCGGAAGAAGGGGGAUGUGUCGGACCCAAAACGUGUUGUUACCAUGGGGAGACAGAAGCUUCGUAAUGGCAAGGCAUUCUUCACGGUCGAUGUAAAGAAACUAGUGCAAGGUUUAGGGGGACAGUUUCCUGCGGAGGCCGUGUUAGAACUGUCGUCAACUGUUUAUGAGUCGGCAACAGGAAAGGAAGAGACGGGAGCAGAUGACUACAUAAUGUUUGUAAACUGUCCUUUCAAGUUUGAAUUCUCGCGUUCAAAGACUACAUACCGGAAAGGCUUCACAUAUUACAUGCAGAUUGACAUGCUACACGCAGACGGUCGACCUGCUCAAGAGAUGGAUUUCGUUAUUGAAGUUGAUGGUAAACAAACACGCAGAAAGACAAGAAAAGAUGGUCAAUAUUUGGAACAAAUCUCAUCUAUACAAAGCGGCAUCAUUAAGGUAUUUGCCCCGGGGUUUGAAAAGUUUGCAACCGAGUUGGUCCUGAAGCCGUAUACUGGAGCCAGUCAAAUUGUCGUCGAGAAAGUAGAAAUGGAAGGUUCCUCAUUCAUUCGAGCCUACACAGACAUCAACAUGGACCAAGUUGCCCAGUACACGGGUAUACUAACGCUGAUAACAUCUCGUGGUAAAAUUGUGAAGACAGUAUACUCUCCGCCGAUGAGAGAUUCAUCGUUCAAGUUGGAGCCAGACGAUGAAGAGAAGAUGUCACCAGUUGGCCGAGUGUUUGCUUUUUAUGUGAAUAACAACCAGCUUAUUGCGGACUCUUCCUUUUUUCGCUUACAGGCAAAAUGCCGAGCACAGCUUGAGCUACAACCGCAUACAGUCAUCGUGAAGCCAGGAGAUGCGGCCAACUUGACUGUGAAGGGUCCCUCUGGAAUGUGGGUGGGGUUCAAUGUCAUUGACAAAGCGUUGCUGCUACUGAAUAACGAAAACAUUCUAAAGGAAGAUAAGAUCUUUAAGGAAAUGGAAGCUCGUGACCUGGGUUGUGGCGCAGGAGGGGGAACGAACAGUGAAGAAAUAUUCAAGAACGCGGGUUUAACAAUUCUGACAAAUGCUAAUGUGGAUGCUAAACUAAUACAAAGAGAGACAACUGAAUGCGACGCUAAGAAACGAAACCGACGCUCUGUGCCUGAGGAAAACGGUUGUUAUUAUGGUGCUAACCCAGUGUGUUGCAAGGGAGGCGAACAAUAUGCCUUUGAUGUAAUACAUGAGUACGAAGUGGACAAGGCGCAUAAUUUAAAACCGGACAUAGCGGAACCCGUACCAUAUAUUGUAUGCUAUUCAAAGGCAAAGACACUGGCCGAAACGCAUCAAGAAAAGGUGCCAUCCAAAUGUCCAAUGGCGUUUUUCGAGGCUUGCGUUGUCACGAUGACGGCUGAACUGAGCACGUCCGAUGAUGCCCGCGGCAGAUCGAUAUUCAGUGACCAAGAUCAAUAUGCAAAGGACGUCAGUGCGUUAGCAGGAUUUGGAUUUCAAUUGAAAGUUCGAAAACACUUCGAAACAUCGUUCUUUUUCGAAGAACAUAUGAUAAGUGGUAAGGAAUUAACCACGUCCAUAAAAUUCAGGGACUCCAUUACCAAGUGGUCACUUCAAGCCAUAGGUAUAACUGAGAACACGGGCGCCUGCAUCGCAACUCCUAAAGAAGUCAGUGCAUUCAAAGAGUUUUUUAUUCAAGUUGAUCUGCCCUACAAAGUAUCACGAAAGGAACAUUUCAACGUCAAAGUGACCGUGUUCAAUUAUAUUAAUAAAGAUAUGAACGCUCGUGUUUAUCUGAAAGGCAUAAGAGGUCUUUGUUAUGGCUCCUUACCCGGCGAGCAGUCUCCCACCACAGCUCGUUACCGUGCCUGCGAAUGGCGCUAAGACUCUGACUUUUCCUAUGAUCCCACUGGAAGCGGGACGCUAUGCAAUAACUGUGUCGGCAUUUGUGACGAUCGGGGACUCACCCAACGCAGACAUUGUGGAAAAGAACUUCUUGUUGUGAACGAAGGCAUUCAGGAAAAGAUGAAUUUUACUGUAUGUC